AUGAUGGAGGAAUAAAGUUUUUCUCCAGAAGAGAGAAUUAUAACGGUACUUAUAGAGUAAUAUCUAAUUAUAGUUGAAUUAAUAGGAUGAUAAUUCAUUGUAUAUUAUAUCAAAAGGGGAGGUUGAGAUAAUAUUUGAAGGUAUAAACUAAAAUGGAGAUGUAUAAUAAAAAAAUAGUUUAUAAUGGUUAAAGACGGGAGAUUACUUUGGAGAGAUAUCAUUUAUUACUGGUAAAUUGAGAAAUGCAUCAGCAAUUGCAAGAGGGUUUGUAAGAGUAUUUAAAAUAAAGAGAGAGUAAUUAUUAAAGGAAUUAUUAUUGUUUCCAAAUGAUUAUGAGAAGUUUUGUUAAUUAAAAGAUUAAUUAAUGAUGAAAUAAUCAGUAUCAUCAGUUAUAUAAUGUUAUAGUUGUAAGAGUGAUUAACAUUUAAUAAAUGAAUGUCAUUUUCAUCAUUAUUGUGCAGACAAAGAAUCAAUUAUAAAGAGAGAAUACUUUCCUAUUAAUUAAAAGAGAAAAUCUAUUUAUAGAAGAAAUUCUAUUAAUAAACUACAUCCAUGGAUAACAUAACAUAUACUAACUAAAAAAGCAAAAGAGUAUGCAUUUUCUAAUACUAUUACUGAAAAUGAAUCAGAAGAUAAUGUAGAUGAAAUAAACAGUAUAUACUAAACAAGUGAUGAAGAACAAGAUGAAGUAUUAAUGAGAGAUGAUUCAUAAUCAAUUAAUGCUACUUAGAAUUAAAAUGAUAUUGAAGAAGAGGAUAACAAUAAAUAAUUUAAGAAGAAAAGAAAUAUUGUACCAACUAAUGAAACAUUUAAAACUGCUGGUUUUACAUUAUUAAAAUAACAAAAAUAAUAAUCUAUUGAUUCUCCUCAAAUAGAUGGAGUUAUUCCUGAAUCUAAAAAACUUAUCAACACUUUCUAAAUUAAACCUCAUCAAGGAGAUACUAAAAGUAAUCCUAAAACAUCCAAAAAAAGAAUUACCAUUAUUAAAGAAGUUUCUGAAGAAAGAUUAGGUUCUGAAUAAUUUUAAAAAACAUGUAUUUUAUUUUAAGUUUAUAUUAAGAUCGUUAAACAACAAAAAAGAAAUCUAAAACUACUAGAAUACUUAAAGAUCAUAGUUAGUUUACAGAUGGUUAUCCCAUUUAAAGUACUUUGUUAGGAGCACUUUUUGAUAAGAUGUAAAUCUUCAAUUACUAUUUCCCUAUCAAUAAUUACGAUGUCAUCCUCAAACGUUAUGCUAAAAUUUAAAAAUUUUUUGGAAAAAAAAGACUAUUUCCUGAAUCUUCUAUCUAUAGUUUCUUUAAUCUGACCAUAAAGAAAGGCUAUAAAUUAAGAAAACUUGGAUUAGAAUUGUAAAAUCAAGCAGGAACUUAAAAAUUGCCUUCUUAAACGAAAAAGUAACACAGGAAAUCCAAACCUGCUUUACUAUUUGGAAAAGACAUUAUAAUGAAUAAUAAUUAAAAUGUGUGAUUCUUCUGAUAGUUUAUUUAGAAGUCAAUUAUAAUAUGGAGAAUUCUAAGGGCCAAAUCCUCAGCUUCUUAGCAAUAAAGUUGUUCUAUAAUAAGGAGAUAAUCAAGAAGGCAGCAGCAGUUCAUUCACAGGUCCUGAUCAAUUCGUAAUCCAAAAUUUUAAUGAUCAAAUACCUUAAAAUAUAGACAAGAUUAAAUUAAUGAAACGUAAAAGAUCAGAAUAUUACUCUCCUUAUGAAUAGGAGGAUGGAUAAUUUUAAAAAAAUAAAAAGCCCCAAUUUUUGAGAUUGAUACUUGCUAAAACUCUGCAAAAAAAAUUCAUUGAUAAUUUGUGGAAUCGAUCAUACCUUAAGAAAUUAAAUCACUUAUCAAAUUAUUAGAUAUCGUAAUUGGAUGAUUUAUAAUAUGAAUAGGACUCAUAUUUUACAUUGGGGCGUUAAAACUCUAAAUCUUUGAUAAAUUCAUUGGCAUUUUGGUAAGCAAUAGAAAUAUUCACACCUUAUAGUAAAUUUAUAGUAAUUUGGGAUGUAUUCUAAAUUAUAACCUACAUAAUGAUAUUUUUUUGGUUACCCUUUAAAUUAUCAUUUUAAAUAUAUUUUAUUAGUGACUUAUUUGAUAUGGAAAACACUAAGAUAUUUGAGAUAAUACUGUUAUCAAUUUUAGCUUUAGACGUUUUGGUUGGUCUAAAUUUGGCUUUUAUUUUCAAAGGAUAAAUUAUAACAGAAAGGAAGAGAGUUAUAAUAAAUUAUUUCAAUCAGUAUGCUUUCGUUGAUUUAGUAAGUAUUUAAUUUAAUUUAUGGUAUCGUUUUUCACUGUUUCUGCCCAAUUUUUCAUUCCUAGUCUAGAUAGUGAAGACAAUGUUACUUUGAUUACUCAAAUAAUAUUAUGUGCCAUAUUUUAUAUUUUAAGAAUAACAAAGAUUAAUAAAAUACUUGCUUAAAUUUAAGAGUAAGAGAGUAAUAAUUAAUUUAGAUUCUUUAAUUUGAAUGCUUCAUUGAAUGAUUUAGUUGGAUUAAUGAAACUAUUAAUGGUAAUAAUAUUUAUAGCACAUAUAUGUGGUUGUAUUUGGCAUGGUUUUGGUCAUUACGAUAGUAGUUAUUCUUGGCUAGAUGCUUACAAUUUAAGAGAUAAAUCUAAUGGAACUAAAUAUAAUUAUUCUAUUUAUUGGGCUACUAUGACAAUGACUACAGUUGGUUAUGGAGAUAUCACUGCUAAAAAUAAUAGCGAAUUAAUUAUCAAUAAUAUUACAAUGUUUGUUGCCAGUAUUGUAUUUGCAUAUUCAGUUAAUAGUAUUGGGAUAUUUGUAUCAAAUAUAUAUAAAGGUAAUAUGGAAUAUAGGAAAUCAGUAACUCUAAUAAAUAAUUUUAUGUCUAAAAAUAAGAUUAAUUUUGAAUUAUAGACAAAAAUAAGAAGUUAUUUAGAAUAUAUUUGGGAAGAAGAAUAAGAAAGAAAUGAAAAUGAAAUAGGAUCUAUAACAAAAAAGUUAAGUAGACAUCUAUAAGAUGAUUUAUAAUAUGAAUUAAGAGGAAAUAUUUUAAAGAAUUGUAAAGUAAUAAUGAAAUUAUUUUCAUAACAAUUUGUGAAAAGUUUAAUUUAAUCUAUGGAGGAAAUGUCAUUUUCACCUGAAGAGAGAAUUAUAACUUGUAAUUAAAUUGAUGAUUGUUCUCUUUAUAUUAUUUCUAAAGGUGAAGUAGAAUUAAUAUUUUCUGGUAAAAAUUAAUAAGAUAGCUUGAUUAAGAAAAAUACUAUAAAGUGUUUAUCUUAAAAUGAUUGUUUUGGUGAAGUUGCUUUCUUUACUGGAAAUUCAAGAAGUGCUACUGCUAUUUCUAAAGGUUUUACAAAAGUAUUUAAAAUAAAAAGAGAAAACUUCUUGUUUCUUUUGAAAUCUUUUCCAAAUGAUUACGAGAAAUUCUGCGAUGUAAGAGAUAAAUUGGUAUACAAUGAAUAUUCUAAAUUAUAAUUAAAUUGUUUUAGUUGUAAUAGUAAUCAACAUCUUAUAAAUUAAUGCCAUAUUUUACAUUAUUGUGCUGAUCAUGAAAGAAUUAUUAAAAAAGAACUUUACCCUAUUUAAUAACAAAGAAAUAUUAGAUUUUUUAGAUAAUAAAAUAUUAAAACUCCUUAAUCAUAAUCAAUGUGUAAUUAUUAUUCUAAAAGAGCAUAUGAUUUGAUGUAGGAUCUCAAUUCAUAAGAAAAAGGGAGAAUUGACUUAGAAGAUGGUGAUUCACAUAUUUACUUAAUGCAUGAUGCAUAUGAUAACGAAAGUAUAUAUCUUAUUAAUAUUUUAGAUCGUUAUUCAUCUGUUAAUUAAUUUAGAAGUCAAUCAAGAACAUUAAGUAAAGUAAGUUAAAAAUAAUCUCAAUAAAUAGAACUUAAUGAAGAAGAUAAAAAUAAUUAAGCUUAUGGUAGAGGAUAAACUGCUUCAACUGCAGGAUUUGGAGUGCACAAAAGCAUAGAAAGUAUAAAUUUAAAAUAUAUUGUUAGUUUCCUGGAAUGUUGAGUAAUUAAGUGAUUCAAGCAAUUCAUCUGAAAAUCAAGACUAGUUGAUCAUUCAAAAAUAACACACUUUUUUGAAAACAGAUGAAAAAAUGAAAUCUAAAACAUCACUUUAAAGACAGAUCUCAAAAACAGAAUCAAAUGAAGAAAAUUUAAAACUCUCUCGAAAAAAUUAAUCUAAUAUUAUAAAGCAUUCUGAUUUAGAAGUUAAAUUUUAACAUUAAAGAGAACCAGCUAAAAAAAAUACCAAUUAAAUUAGAAAUCGUACUGGAGAUUAUUUUAUGCAAAAUAAUAUUACUAAUUCCGCACUUAAUAUGUCCAUAUUCUAUUAUAAUUUUGAUAAAAUGACCAUCCUUUAAUAUUAUUAACCUUUAAAUAAUUAUGAUACUGUUAUUAAAAGGUAUAUAUUUUUAUAUUUUAAUUACUCUAAUAGAUAUACCAGAGCUUAAAAAUACUUUGGAAAAAAAAGGUUAUUUCCUGAAUCAUCUCUAUAUACUUUCUAUUUUAAUACCAUCAAAAAAGGAUGGAAAUUAAGAAAACUUGCUAAAAUUGCUCAAAAUGAUAUUUCUAAAUUUACCCCCAAUAUCAAAGUAUUAGAAAAAGUUGUUUUAAAAUGA